CUCUCUCUCUCUCUCUCUCUCUCUCUCUCAAAUUACCUAAACAAAACAAACCUUACACUCGCAAAAACAAAACAGAUAUUUUUCUCCAAUCAAACAUUUCUCACUCACAAACCUCAUUAUCAGAAUUGGGAAACCCUAGUUUCUGUCUAUCUGUAUUAAAUUUAUGAUAUUGUUUCUGUUUUUGUGUAUCAAGACCAAUUUUUCAACAUUUCAGAGUUAAUUCUGUUCAUUUCUGUGCAGAGUCGUUUUUUUUUUACUUUAUUGACUGUCAGAAAACAAUAAGGUUUGAAAUUCGGGUUAGGUUGGUUUUCAGAUCAGAUCUUUUAAGAAGUGAAGUAUACGUAUAGAGAGAGAAAGAUAUGUUCAGAAGAUGGUGUUCUGAGAAGUUGAUUGAGAUUGAAAUUGAGAUUUUUGACUGAGACCACCACCAGCUCAAGUUGCAGGACAGGAGGUGUUAGUUCAAGAUGUACCACGCCAAGAAAUUCUCGACUAUGGGAUUAGUGCCACAUAAGGCUCAGGGUGCAGAGCAACUUCCAAAUAUGGGAGUUGGCGGGAGCCCCACAGUAAGCAAUUCAGCUCCAUCAGGUGGAAAUGGAAAGCAACGGUUACGAUGGACUUCAGAUCUUCAUGAUCGCUUUGUUGAUGCAAUUGCCCAACUCGGUGGACCUGACAGAGCGACUCCAAAAGGCGUUCUGAGGGUUAUGGGCGUACCUGGAUUAACCAUUUAUCAUGUUAAAAGCCAUUUGCAGAAAUAUCGCCUUGCAAAGUACUUACCAGAAUCCCCUGCAGAUGGUUCGAAAGACGAGAAAAAAGACUCGGGCGAUAGCUUGUCUAGCUUGGAUUCUGCCUCGGGAGUACAAAUUAACGAAGCACUUAGGAUGCAAAUGGAGGUCCAAAAGCGUCUCCACGAACAGCUUGAGGUGCAAAGACAACUGCAGCUCAGAAUUGAAGCUCAAGGGAAGUACUUGCAAAAAAUCAUUGAAGAGCAGCAGAAACUAGGUGGCGUCCUCCAAGCUUCCGAGCCUUCACAAGCCGAAGUAAAGCAAAAGACAUCACCAACACUUGCAGAAACAGAAUGUCCUCGGUCUCCUCUCAAGAAGAAGAAAGUGGAACAGAGCUCCAAGGAUACUGACUCGUCUACCACAGGUCCACCUAUUAGUGAUGUAGUAGGUCAAUUGGAACCUAAUCUGUUUGGACAUAAUAAUGCUGUGGGGUUCAGUGUUGGAACUGAUAACGAGAUCAAGGAAGAUGUAGAAGAUGGUGGAUCAUAAUCCCUGGCAGAUGGAGGCAUUUUAGGAUAAAACAAGUGUUUGUUAUUUCAAAUCUCUUGGCAUAUGGGAACCUUGUUGUGUGGUUUAGAUUCAUCUAGUCCUUGUUAGUUACCUUAACAAUUUUAGGCCUUUUAUAAUUACUAUACCAGCAGAGUUGUGAAUCCUCUUGUAAGUUAUACAGUAUAUUAAAAUACACCCAAUCCAGUUUCAGUGUUUCACCAUA